ACGCCAGGCUCUAGUUGAUGUCACAUUGAUCUGCGAUGAACAAAAGCUACGUGUUCACAAGCUGGUUUUAGCUUCGAAUAGUAUAUACUUUGAGGUAUAUAUACAAAUGUUGAAAAAUACAUAUUCCUUAUCCGUUCGAUACUUGCUAAUCAUAUCAUGUAUGUAUGUUCUGUUGAUACGUUUUAAUUAUUUGUAGGCUUAAAUCUUAGUGCCUGUUUUUACAAUAUUAAUGUGUAUUUUUUAUAUACACUGCAUUUAUCGAAGUGAUAAAUGUUUUUUUCUUAAUGUGUGUUUGCGUGAAUACUUUAAAUAUUGUGCAUAUCAUUAAAUAAUUUAUAAUUUAUUUGGAGAAAUAAUUGUUCCGUUGUUUAUUCAAAACUUUAAAUUAUAGAUUUUGGGAUUUGGAUGAUUGCAAAAGUGUUUACAAACUGUGUUUUACAAACUGAUCCGAGGUCAUGUUUAGCUAUUUUCUAAAUACCCUAUCAAACGUUAUCUAAUUCAAAAACAACAAAAUAUUCUUUUCUUCAAUUCUUCCAAAUAUUUUAUGAAAUAACAAUGAGAGAUUAUAUUAACAAAAGUAAUAUAUCUAAUUUUACAAAGAUAAUUCAAAAAUAUUGAGAUAAAGAAUUUCUGUUUUAUAAGUAUGAUAACAUUAAUUGAUUUUUUUAUAUUUAUUACAGAGAAAAUUAUUUUAAAUUUAUUCAAUUGUUGAUGUUGAUUAAUGUUUGGUUGUGCAUCUCUUUUCCUUUCAGGUCUACUGAUGAUUGUGCAGUGUUACUAAAAUUAUGUUGAAUAAAUUUUUAAAAAUGUCUUAUUCUUUCCAAAUUAUUUUAUAUUAUACAUAUAGAAUUAUUGAGAUUAAAAAGGACAUUUAAUUAUUUGUUGAACAACAAUUGAAGUAAAGUAAUUUGGAAUCAUAGCUUUAUGAUCGUGUUUAUUCCUUUAGCGUGAUAAACAAGAUUUGUGUAUUAUUUAAAAAAAACAAAGAUAGGCUCUAUAUGUACCAGUAUUAUGUAGUAAAGAGACGAUAGUUAACAAAUGUAGGAUUAUUUAAGUAUAUACAUGUAUUUACAAAUGUAUACAUUAUUUCAAGAUCUGUCAAUAUUGGGCUAGUUCAUAGCGAAAGAGAUGAUUUGUUUUACUAACCCACAUUUCACUAGAAUGUCUACCAAACAUCAUUUUACAUUUGUAGAGAAAAGACUUUGGAUUUUUUAAUUAUUGAUAUAAACAAUGAUAGGAAAGAAAGGGAUAAUAUAAAAACUCAUGUAAACUAAAGAAAGCCUUGUAUAUCGGAAUUUCAGUAGUUCUUAACAAACAUUUGAAGAAACCAAGUUUGAGGGGGCAUACUUUUCACAACUUUCGAAGAACUUAGAAAGGAAAUACUGCAACAAGAUUUGGGACAAGAGCCAAUUAUACUUUUAAAAGACUUGGACUUUGAAAUUUUGAAGGCCAUGGUCGAAUUCAUGUAUUGCGGCGAAACUACGAUAUCUCAUCAGCAUUUAUCAUCCUUGCAUACUGCGGCACAAAUUUUUAAGGUUAAAGAAUUGGUAUCUGUGAUCGAUACUAUUGAUUCCAAGAAAAUUUUGGACGAUUUUGAAAAUUGCCUAAAGCAGCAGAAAGGAGAUAGUAGUUUAAAAGUUGCAAACAAUUCGCUCACGGAGGAUGAUUACAUCUGUGUUAGAUGUGACAAACUGAGCAUGGACGAGAAUACAACGGUCUGUGUAAAUAGCAAUAAUAACGAUAUAAGCUCAAGUAAGAAUCAAUCUUCGGAGAAUGAUAUGGUCGAAGCCACCGAGCGCGAUUUAGCACUGGAAUUUGACCGCAUUUUGUACGAGGAAUCGCACGCUAUCGAUGCCAGCAAGAAAGUGGUUACACCGAUAUUCUCGACGUCUGAUGUAAAUACAAGUGUACAAAGCGCUCGUACUACCGAUACCGUACUUACGCAUGUGGGUAUGGUUGAAGCCAACGAGCACGAUUUAGGAUUAGAAUUUGAACGCACUUUGUACGAGGAGUCGAGCGCUAUCGAUGCCGACAAGAAAGUGGCGGUAACACCGGUAUUCUCGACGUCUGAUGUAAAUACAAGUGUGCAAAGCGAUCGUACUACCGAUGCCGUACUUACGCACGUAAGUAUGGAUGAAGCCACCGAGCAAGAUUUAGCAUUAGAAUUUGAACAUACCUUGUACGAGGAGUCGCACGCUAUCGAUGCCAGCAAGAGAGUGGUGGCCACACCGGUGUUCUCGACGUCUGAUGUAAAUACAAGUAUACAAAGCGAUCGUACUACCAGUACCGUACCUACGCACGUGGGUACGGUGAACGAAGUACAAGCCGGGUGCGCGAACAGCAAUAGAGACGACGAAGUGUACAGUCAUAGUCUCGAUUUGAAACCCAUCUUGUACGAGCAAUGCUGUGAUUUUUCCUGCGACGUAAACGAGAGCGAUCAAACCACCUCUACGCUGUCGCAGUCUUGCCUUCCACAAGUCGAGAACGACUUGAAGCACUGUUCCGGGAGUAGCACAGAUGUUCCUAGCACGGUAGGGAAAUGCGUCAAGGUCUACACGCCGAAACGACGUAGGUCCACCGACGAGGUUCGCAAUAAGCUUGUACAUACGCAAUGCAAUUUAGUGCCAACUCCGCCGCACUCUACGGAUUCCAUAGAUUUAUUAGACGAGCCGUCCGCUAACAAUGUACCAGUCACUCUAUUGACCUCUCUAGAUAUGGAAAGCGCCGAAUAUAUCUUAAGCUUGAGCACGGAAAGCAUACAGUCGAUAGUAGGUGGUACUAUAAGCGAUCAGCAUACGGUGAUCGGAUGUAGGGAAGUAAGCGCCGAACGAGACGCCGCCAAGGAGCGACUGAAUCCCCCGACGAACGGCACGGACUGCGCGAAACCGGUUCUGAGACGUAGCACGCGACUGAGUCAACAGGAGAGCGACGAGGCCGCGAGCAACGGCGGCCUCCCUUCGGGAAGUACCGCGGGAACUGCCGAGAAACCGUUCAAGAAGGGUAACUCCCCGAACAGAACGGAAUCGUGCGCGAAAGCGAAGCGCCGGGCGAGGGAGGACCGUAAGGUGCCGGAUCACAGCGCGAUCGCGGGCGCGGUGCACCCCAGCAAGAAGAGCUCCAGCAAGAAGACUAACUCGAAAUUGAUAGUACGAAAGAGCAACAAGUCCGCGUGUACAGUUACCGGCAGUAGCAAGGAGAGAGAGGAGUCGAAGCCGAGGACGAACAGUAGAUUUAAGGCCGAAAACACGGAGAGAUUAGCGACAACGGCGGACCAGCCCGCCGCCCAUCACUCCAACGCGCGAUCCAACGUGUGCAAGUGCAUAAGUCGCGCCCUGUGGGGCGACAUGUCCGACACGUUGGAUUAUUGGGACGACGGGAUGGAUCUGCUCGCUUAUCCGUCCAACACCGAGAUCCCCUUCGCCGUCGGCCUGCUGCCCCUGCGGACCGCUCUGGAGAAGAUGCAGGCGACGCCGGAUUAUCAGCCGCGCAAGACGCGCUCGUCGGUCGCGCCGAUAAAGCAAGACGCAGGUAACUGUCUCAAGCGAAAGUACUGCACGCCGUCCGACGCCGUGGUGCCGGCGUCGAAGAAGCAAAACAAUGGCAAUAACAACGACGAGAAUCCGAACACCGUAUGCCACAUAGAGAUACGAACAGCGCCGUCGCAGUGCGUAAAAAGUCGUAAGCGAUUCCUGUCGGAUUCGAUUACGAGCCUGCCGGAGAACGGACCGACCUCGCAGAUGGCAAGUAAUAACGUGGGUUAAAAUUUAUUUGCAAUAUAAAUCUUAUUCUGUCUUAAUCGAAGUGUGCCAUAUGGUACUCUUUUGAAUCCGUUGUUGAAACAUCGUUGACAGGCAAAACACAAAAUACCGUCAUCAGAUUCUCCUAUUUUUUAAGCUUCAAGCCGGUGCAAGAAUAAGAUUUAAUAUUAUUUAUUUCCCUCGCCAUAUUUAGAGUCCACUCGUAAUGUUUGAAUAUCUCGCAACUUGUACAAUGAUAGGUAGUCUUAAUUUAAAUGUAAAUAGUAAUAUUUUUAUGUACGAUUUUGCACAAACUCUUACAAUCACAUAGAUGCAUAUAUUAUACCACGUAAAUAAUUGUAUUUCUCUGAAGCCAUUCGUAUAUACUGCAGGUAAUUUCAUAUUUUUGAUAACGUUAAUUUAAUUGUAAUUUAACUUUAAAUACUAUUAAAUUUGCAAUUAGAUAGAGAGAAAUAGAAGUGAUAAUAUUCCUGUUAAAUAUCUUCAACAGUUUAAGAGGAUACCAUCCAUUCUCAUUUUGUAUAUCCGUAGCAGUUGCAAGAACAAAUUGUACGCGUGAUAAUUUUUAUCAAUUUAGCACAAUUAUUUUUAAUCAAACUCAAUGUAAUAUAUCUCUCAUUACGCACACAUGAUUCAAUCACACUUGAUUACAUAAGAGUGAAUAUCACAUAUGAUUAUUUAUGCUUGACGGAAACGUUGAGAAUUUAUUUUAAGCAAUGCGAAAUGAAAUAUGUAAGAAGAAGUAAAGAUAAUCUAUUUUUAUAAA